UCCAAUAUGGCGAAAAUGCGUCCGUUGCAACGAAAUUAAUCAUUUGAUUUUCUUCUAAUGCAGUUAGAAGCUAUAUAAUUGAGAGUCAUUUAUAUAAGAUCCUUGAUAAAAGAUUUGUAAAAAAUAUCAUCCAGUGCUGUAUGUUCCAAAGAUUCUUUUGAUUUAGAGUUUCGUGAACUAUCACCUGUUAUGAAGGUUGUCAUGGAAUACUCAUGAUACUGAAUAUUUUAAAAGUGGUGCUUAGAUAAAGUUUUCAAACAAUAAAUUGAGUGGAAAAAAAUAAAAUCUCAGAUGGCUGUUGCCCAGGAGACCAGGCUUCAACACAAUUUAAAGAUGGAGCCUGGUAUAGAAAGACCGCAGAGUGCCCUUGGGGCUCGAGGUGUACAGAUCACAGAGUUCAAGGAAGCAUGUAUUAAUCCGGAACCCAUUGUGAUCGAGGAAACAGAUCUAUUAUUAGAACAGUUCCUCUCUCCUCGAAAACUGAUGCUACUCACGGGUGUAGACAAUUUAGAUGAUAUUCGGCAUUUAGAAAUGAAAGUGAAUACCACUGAUACAAGUCUUGGCAACUUCGGACAACUUUUGCAGAAUCUUACCCAACUCAAAGUUUCAAAUAGUACUAUACCUAGAAUAAGGGAUUUAGGUUCGUCGUUAAGAAGUCUGCAUGUUCUUUGGGCAUCCAGAUGUUCAUUGACUGAACUUGAUGGUAUUUCUUCAAUGUGUAAUCUACGAGAACUCUAUUUGUCUUAUAAUGAAAUAUGCGAUAUAAGUGCACUGAGCAUGCUAGACCAAAUUGAAAUUUUAGAUUUGGAAGGGAAUAAUUUAGAUGAUAUUAUGCAAGUGCAGUAUUUGGCGAUAUGCGGUAAACUUACAAAUCUAACACUCGACGGCAAUCCUCUAUGUAUAACAUCAUCCCCGGACGAUGACUCGGCUGUUGAUUAUGACUACCGUCAAGCAGUUAAGAAAGCGAUACCUCAUUUAAAAUACCUUGACGAUGAGCUUUUAAUAGAGGGCGUGGGCUCGUUCCAGAAGCAUAACGUAUUCGACGCGGACUGGGCAUACCUCGAGGAACUCACGAAGGAAAUGACUCUUGACGAGGAUGAGGACGCUGCAAUAUCUGAUUCUAGUCGGCCACCAAGUGGUAACAGACCGAGCACUGCUGCUCUUAGACCUAACACAGGCUAUAGACCGGGCUCUGCUCUGAGACCUUCAUCGGGGUUCAGACCCAUGACAGCUGGAGUGAGGCCGGCAUCUUCUGGAGCUAGACCGGCUACAGCCAUUGGAAUGCGUCCAACAUCAGGGUCAGGGCGACCUUCCUCUGGAGGAAAAGUGGUAGAGACUACUGAUGCAAGUGAUCUUACAAUGGGCAAGGUCAUUUGUGGGAACCCAUCAAAAGCUCUGUUGUCAAGGAGACGGCUAAACCCAGAUGCUGCGGGGGAGCUUGACAAUGGAGCCCCAGAGAUAACCUUUGAACCUAAGGUGUGGGAGGAAUUUAAGAAGUUUCAGCAUAAGGCAGAGCACACAUAUGAUGCUUUACCAGAAGAAAGUAGGGACAGAUCGGAAAUUGUUGAUGAGUUGAAGGCAUGGAAACAAGAACAUGAAAAGAGAAUGGCGAAAAUAAGAGUAGCUAAAGCCCCGCAGGUGCUUAAAAUUGAUCAUGAUGAUGCCGUUAGCCUGUCAGGCGACUCUGAGGUUGAGUCCGAUGAAGAGGAGUUGUCUCCCUUUAAAGAUGAAGAGCUGAUACAUAAAGUCCGGGAUGAGAAUAACAUUGAAGGAGAUGAAAAUUGUAAAAUUCUUCCCUCAGUUUCAACAUUUGUACCAGUUUCUUCAUCACAAGAAAACUUUCCUACAAAAAAUACGUCAAUAUCUAAAACAAACAAUCAUGACAUUGACCAUAAAGUUACAUCAACUCAUGUGAACAGACGAAAAAGUUUAUCCGAAGAUGACGACAGUGAUACUCUUUAUCGCGCUAGUUCCGCAGAAAAUAAAUUCAGAAUAUCUGAAAUAAAAGACAGACAAAAAGCAUCUAUCCCACCUCCAAGUCAGAGGGAUAUUGUAAGGAAACAUAUAGACACUCAAAGCCAGGUAUGCGCCCAAAGUCCAUUAGGUAGUUUUCUUGGGACGAACCCUGUUGCCAAUUCGAGAAGUGAAUUGAGGAGUACGAGCGGUCUGCGUGUGAAUUCUACAGGCCUUCCUAGACCACCAUCUUCAUCAGGAGUUCCCAUCAUAGGAAAAAGAGAUAGUUUGACAAAAGACCCUGCUAGUCCUUUGAUUAGAAGUGGACUAAUGCCACCCUCCUCACAGCGUCCCUCCACGGCACGAGCUGCACUCGCCAUAUCAUCACAACCGAAAAUGCGACGGUCUUUACCGACGGUUCCCAGCUUACCAUCAAAACCUAUGGCACCUCCGAAGUGAGGCUAGAAUUCGUGAUACAUUUUUUAUCAUUUUUAAAGGGAUAAUAUCAUAAUGUUGUGGUGCAAGACAAAGGAAAUACAGGGUUCUGAAGCCUGAACUCACAAAAUUGACACCUCCUAGACACAUUUUCACAGUGUGCUUGAUACAUUAAGAAGAGCCGCAGAAAAGAAAAUUACUGUAACCAUGUGAAAAAUCAGAAACAUUGUUCUAGGUAUAUUUCCUUGCAUAUAUUGGGAGAUUUUCGUACUUUUUUUUUUUUGCAUAAAAUAAAAAAGUUCACACAGAAGAAAGACUGAUUAACAGCUGAGAAAUCAGUUUAUAAGAAUUCAAAUUAGAAUUUUGACAAAAUAAAGUUACUUUUUACA